CAUUCAACAUCCACCUUUCGGCCAAAGCGGAAGCAAAAUUAGCAGUUUGGAAGAACCGAAAACUCAGAAAAUCCUCUUUGAAGACCUCUUGGACCAUCAGCAGCAACUUAGAAGAUCCAAUUUUACCAAGUACCCAUCCUCAACGUUCAACAAAGUUCCACCGUUCAAGAUGCCGCGCCGAUACUGCUGCUCUCCCUGCUCGUACCCGUGUGGACCCUGCGGUCCGUCCUGCGGACCCUGUGGACCGUGCUAUGAUUCGUGCUGUCCGGCCUCCUGCGGACCGUACAGCUCCUGCUACGGAGUGUGCUCGCAGCCCUGUGGACCCUGCGGGCCGUGUGGCCCGUGUGGACCCUGUGGUCCGUACUGCGGACCGUGCUAGGAGGGCGAGGAGUUUCGUGGCCGAAAUCGCUUGUGCGUAGUGAAAAUUUCAAAUUUGGAACGGGAAGGCCCGUAGCUAUGGUUGAAUAAAGCGAAGGUUUCAGAGGAAGCAAA